AUGGAACUAGCAAGGUCAAAACCAGGAAGUCAAGGCGGUACCAGGGAAAAAGCAGAAUCAGCGUCAAUGUACAAUAUGAGAGUCAAUAACCAGGAGAAACAAGUAGGACACAGGGAGCAAGCGAGGAUAAGACAAAGUCAAGCAGAAGUCAAAUACCAGGAGAUGCAAAGUACAAAAGGAGCAAGCAAGAGACGAAGUCAAGUAACAAGCCGAGAUACAAACGGGCGGUCCACUCAGCUUCUGGGCAAUAUCCCGGUCCCUCGGACUGCGCUGAGCGGAGGGGUGGAUCAGCGCAGGUCCAGAGAAGAGCAGGACAGUGUGGAGGAAGGUCCCCUUGCCGUGGGGGGCGCCGAGGUCUCUUCCCGGUGUCCGUCCAGCGUGGUGCAGAGGGUCGUGCAGGUGGUCCGGGACGAAGAGCCGUCGACGUCCAGGAGCCGUGCCGGUGAAGUGUCCGUGCUGCGGGAGUCCGGAUCUGCGGCAGCGGGAGGCACAGCGCCCGUGGUGCCUGGUCUAAGGACGGCGGCUUUGGUGUGGAUCUUGGGUCACUCGUAUGUGUUUUGGGGUGCGAUCAGAGCGGAUGUCAGACCGAGCGGUCGUCAGUUGGGAUUUAGUUCGGAGUUGGCUACGGUUCGGUGGUUGGGUGUGAGAGGUAUGUUGUGGGGUGGAGUGCUGCGGGAGGUUCAUCGUUUCGUGCGGCUGGAUCGUCCUCCCGAUGUGUUGGUUUUACAUGUGGGAGGCAAUGACUUGGGUAGGCGUCCUUUUAGGGAGUUGAUUCGGGAUGUAAAGUUUGACCUGCUGAGAAUUUGGGCGUUGUUCCCCGGGCUGAUCACGGUUUGGUCGGAUAUUGUUCCGCGUAAGGCUUGGAGGGGUGCGAGGUCUGUGGAGAGCCUUAAUAAGGCGCGAGUUAAGGUGAAUAGGGCAGUGGGACGAUUUAUGGCGAAGAGUGGUGGUGUGGUGGUGCGGCAUGAGGUGUUGGAAAAGGGCGUUGGGGAAUUUUGGAGAGCGGAUGGCGUGCAUUUGAAUGCGGUGGGGACGGAUUUGUGGGCUCUGGGGCUCCAGAGUGGUGUGGAAGUGGCCUUAGAAACAAUGCCUCAAGGGACAAUCAGGCCAUCUCCAAAGACAAGAUCUAGUUGUUAA